UAAAGGCUUUAAGUGGUUGUAAAGGCUCAAAGUUUUUUACCUUCAUGCAUUUUAUGCAUGAAGGUAAAAAACCUUCUGUGUGCAGCAGUGCCCCCAACCCCCUCAAUACUUACCUGAGCCUUAUUGCGAUCCAGCGAUGUGCACGAGAGCCUCGGCUGUCCCAGGUCUCUGCUUCCUCAAGCUGUGGCUCUGUGUGUGAAUGGACACAUGGAGCAGCGGGUGCCCCCAUAGCAAGCUGCUUGCUGUGGGGGCACCAAAAAGGAGGGAGGAGCCAGGAGACCCUGCAGGGACCCGAGAAGAGGGGGAUCUAGGCUGCUCUGUGCAAAACCACUGCACACAGUUGGUAAGUAUAG